AUGUUAACUGAACUUGGGUUCGGUCUUCUCGCGGCGUGGAUAAUCAUACUCAGUCAGGCACUUCACAAAAUUGAAGAAGGGCAUGUUGGAGUUUACUAUAGAGGAGGUGCUCUUCUGAAAUCCGUCGCUGGACCUGGUUAUCAUUUUCAUGUUCCAUUGCUCACUACCGUGAAAUCAGUUCAAGUGACCCUUCAUACCGAUGAAGCUACAAACGUCCCUUGCGGAACAUCUGGAGGAGUUAUGAUUUACUUUGAUCGGAUUGAAGUUGUGAAUAUCCUAUCACAAGAUAGCGUGUAUGCGAUUGUGAAAAACUAUACUGUCGACUACGAUAGGCCACUAAUUUUCAACAAAGUCCACCACGAAGUCAAUCAAUUCUGCAGUAGUCACACUCUUCAGGAAGUUUAUAUCGAUCUUUUCGACAAAAUCGACGAAGAAAUUAAACACGCACUCCAAGAUGAUCUCGUGAAAAUGGCUCCAGGUCUAUUUGUUCAGGCAGUUCGAGUCACAAAACCUAAGAUUCCUGAAGCUAUUCGCUAUAAUUAUGAAAUGAUGGAGGCAGAGAAAACUAAGCUGCUUGUAGCGCAUCAAACUCAAAAAGUUGUUGAGAAACUCGCUGAAACUGAAAGAAAGAAGGCUGUCAUUGAAGCUGAAAAACUGGCUCAAGUUGCUUUGAUCCAUCAGAAACAAUUGAUCACUGAAAAAGAAACCCAAAAGUUGUUGAAUCAAUUGGAAGCGGAGAGCAAUUUAGCCACCGAAAAAUCAAGAGCCAAUGCCGAAUUCUACAAAGCUGAGAAGCAAGCUGCUUCGAAUAAACUACUUCUCACAAAAGAAUACCUAGAGUUGCAAAAGAUUCAAGCUAUUGCGGCCAACAACAAGAUCUUCUACGGAGACAGUAUCCCUCAAGCGUUCGUUUUGGGAAGCUCCCCAGCAAGCGACUAA